CCGUGAAUCACAAUUUUGUGAUGUCAUGUCGGUUAAUUAAGUUCCUUGCAGGGUAACGAGAACAGUUUUAAGAGACUGUGCGAGUAUGUGUAAUUACUUCUGCUUGGAGUUUAUUGUGUGAUUACACGGGCACCUUCUGAAAAUGGCAGAAGGAGGAAGUGAUCAACUUAUGUCAGAAACUGAAAGCAGCCUGUGCAGUCGUCACUCUCAGAAUUAUGUCGAAAGUGUGUCCGUGGAGAUCAGUACUAUAAUGAAUCGGCUUGGGUACGGCGAGGAGAUCAGACGUUGGCGGGCUAAGAACUACAGGGAGAAUGAUAGGCUGUCGAAUGCACGGUUUACUAAUGUCAUAAGAAUCACAGCUGGCAGCAAGGCAGAGGGGCUAACCUGCCGAUUCGAAAGCGACUGGGAUGUUUUAAAUGUACUUAACAAUGUCCUCUGUGUGGAAACUGGUAUAAAUCUUCACACCAUACCUGACGACAUGGAAGUGUACAGGAUGGAUACUAGUGUAUAUCCAGGACACUGCAGACUGUUUCUAAUGAGACAAGCACAUAGGUAUUACACAGUCAUUCACAAUGCUCUGUGUGAUAAUGGUAAGGGAGAUGUUCUCUUAAGUAGUGGUUUAGUUUUAGACGAAAUUUCAACAAUUUUACGUAAAUAUCCACAAUAUCCACAAGUCGGAAAUGUGCAACAUGAACGCGCGGGGCCGUCAAUUCCGUUGUCAUUCCUAGGUGUACUUCAUAUUGACAGGGUUACCUCACUUCGCUGUCACUGUCCCAGCAUUCUCCAAAGAUGGGCUUCCAGACACCGUCAUUGGCCGUCACCUGGUGUAGUUCUGAAAGUCGUAUCAUUAGGAGCCUAUUUAACCCCGGUAGGAUAUAAGGGAAGUGAGUACAAGCACAUGGAAUGGAGGCUUUGCUUCAACACCGGUGAGACAGAACUAGUGAACAACCUUAAUGACACCCAAGCGAAAGUGUAUGUUUUGCUCAAAAUGAUCCUCAAGAAUGUUUUGAAGCCUCGUAAAAAAGAAAUAACGUCUUAUGUGAUGAAAAAUAUAGUAUUAUGGCAAGCCGAGAGUAACCCACAGAACAAGUUUGAUGCGGAGAGUUUGUUUCACUGGCUGCAUGACGGAAUUAGAGAACUAGGGACUGCUAUUGCCACACAAAAACUUUCAUAUUACAUGGUUCCGGAGAGAAAUUUAAUGGCAGCUAGUGGUUUGCAGGACAAGCAGCAAAUGGGUAGCAGAUAUCGAGGACAUGAUGGCGGAAGGUCCGAGAGUAUUAUUGAGAUUGCCAAAGAUACGACAGGCCAUCGUCGCGUCCCCUGAGCCAAUGUUGUGGUUCAUCAAGAAAAAGAUGGAGCUGGAAAUACUGGCGCUGGAGAUGAGGAAGAAAAUCUGGAAAAUUCGCGAUGAGAACGGAGUGGUGGUUGAGCCUGGUGCCAUGAUGCAGGAGAUAUUGACACGACAUGAAAUGAUACUGAUGGAGGUGGGGCUACGGAUGCUGGUGGAAGGCAACGCUGUUGAUGAUCUGUUGUAUAUUCACCGUAGAAUGGCAAUGGAUUAAUACAUUAAAACGAAAGUAAGCAUGGAAGUGCAGGAGACUAUCAGAGACAUGUAAUAUAAAGAUGAGAAAUGAGUGGUGGCUUGACUUGAAUAUCAUCCUGCAUUAGAUAAUGGGACGGUUUAUCGAGGUAGUGAGGGGCGUCCUUCAACAAAUGUUUACGAAGUGCAUCGUUGUUAUUUAUAUAUUUAAUACCUAUAUAUGAAUGGAAGUAAUAUAUAUUCCCUAUUCGUUCAUGCAACAAUUGAUUGUCAGUAUGUAUGUUGUAUCAAGCAACUUUAUAUUUAUCUGAUUGAUGAAAUUAAGAAAUAAGAUCAAGAAACUAUACCCCAUUGUUCUUUAAAACUUUGUAAUGCAAAGCAAAUAAAAACACAUGUUCCAUUUGUGAUUUUGGAAUUUUCUAAAAAUCGGUAUAAUGAACAUAAUUUGAACUUAUUUUCCUCUUGUAAAUGAUGAUAUGAUUCGUUUUAUUAUGCGUUUUACAAUGAAAAUAUAUAACACAAUUUGUAGGUUUAACUAAAUGACAUGUGUCCCAAACAUUUUCAAAGCAAACUGAUUAUUUAAGGAACUUUUAGAAUAUCCUCAUAUUUAAAUAUUCACCGCAGGAAAGAAAACACUUCAGGCAAAAAUAGAAGACCGCGGAGAUACAAAUGUAAUUCAACGUGAACAAAUUGAUGCAUGAUCACGAAUUUCUAAGUACAUAGACAAUGAAAAAACAUAAAUGUUUAAUGUUGGCGAUAGUAAAACAUGUUACUUGUAAUUCCUUAUCAUGUAGUGUGCAUUUGUACAACAUGUAAUUUUAGUCGAAGUUCCGUUAAACCCUUUUCUUUUUUAUAAGCAAACCGUUUUAUGUUAAAUACCAAUCGCUUAUUUACUAACGUUUUAUAAUUCUUAAAUUCAAAUGCAAUAAAACAGAUGGAAUUGACGAGUCAGACGUUAUUUACGAAACUAAUGUUGAUAUUUCAGCUAUGGGUCAUUGAUUUAAAGAUUGCCAUAUAUCAGAAAGUGAUUUUAUUUAAAUAUUUUUUAUGUGUGUGAUUGUGAUUAUUCGUGGUAGUUUUUGCUUUACAUUAAGAAUUCAAGUAUAUAGACUUUUUGCAUGCACUAUUUUGUUUCAUAGGCCUUACACUUUGAUUCUAUGAAAUUCAUAGACCGUACCAAAUUUUACAAAAUAUGCCGCCGUUAUACUUCUAUUUAAUGAAUACAUUGUAUGAAUACGCACGCAAUACUGUGGGCAUUAACAUGACACACUUUGUGAUAAACACAACUGAUUUGAAUAAAUCACGGCGUCGAUGCGCUGAGAUUAAAUAUCUUAAAUAAAUCCAUGAUACAACAUAUGUUUGUCUGGGGCGGCAGUAUCUGUCUAUUUUAAGGUAGUACAACUGUAAUGGGCAAAAUUCAAAAACCCAUUAAAAGUAUUAUUUUCAUAAACUUCAUACCAUAUAUGGUCUUAUUACAAAUUUGUAGGGUGGCUUUCCAUGCAAACAUUUUGUUCGUGAUUUUUUCUGUAUUAUGACCCAUAAUUUGAAUUUUCUACUAAAUUAAACUACUUCUGGGGAUAAAUAAAUUCAAUAAACUCAUAUUUUUAGCAUUUUUUGUUAACAAUGUUUGUAUAUUUAGUACAGGAUAUGAUUGUAGAUGAUAAAAUAAUAUAAUACAAGACAAUUGAGUGAUAAAAAUAAUGAAAAAAAUCUUGUUUAUUAUGUAAGGUCCUUCAGA